GCAGUCACAUGAUCCGAAGAUGGAGGUUGCCGGGGUGAGGUGGUGUGAGGGCUGCUGCCUUUAAGCGCAGGACAGAGCUGUCGUGGCCCGGAGUGAAUCCCAAGAGGCAGGAGAAUGCAGAAAAUAAAGUCUCUUAUGUACCGUCAGGGCCUGAGAAGCCCCCAAGAAAGUGUGCCAGAGAUUAAAUCCCCUGUUGAAAAUUUUCGAAUCCCCAGCAAGGAAGAACUGAGGGAGUUGAGAGAAAAUCCCAGUGACCCUCAAGCAGAGCAAGAAAUUAUUAACAGUAUUGAGGAAAUCUAUUUCAGCAAUGAUUCAUUUGAUGUUGUGGAGCAUGAACUGGAGAAACUCCCAUCUGCUCUCAAUCUUCAAGAUCUAGAAGAGUACAGAGAUAAACUGAAACAGCAGCAAGCUGUUGUGUCAAAGAAGGUAGCAGAUUUAAUCCUUGAGAAGCAAGCUGCAUAUGUGAAGGAGCUUGAAAGAGUUACGUCACUACAAACUAAUCUUCAAUUGGCAGCUGUGAUAUGUACAAAUGCCAGAAGGCAGUUAAAUAUUGCAAAGGAAGGAUUCACACAAGCUAGCCUGGGGCUACUUGCUAAUCAAAGAAAAAGACAGCUGCUGAUUGGACUACUGAAGUCUUUGCGCACAAUUAAAACACUGCAAAGAACUGAUGUACGCUUAAGUGAGAUGUUGGAGGAAGAAGAUUAUCCUGGUGCAAUACAGCUCUGUUUGGAAUGUCAGAAAGCAGCUAGUACAUUUAAACACUACAGUUGCAUAAGUGAGCUGAAUUCAAAAUUACAGGAUACAUUGGAACAAAUUGAGGAACAAUUAGAUGUAGCACUGUCAAAAACCUGCAAGCACUUUGAAGUUGGUCAUUAUACCAAGGUCCAACUUGCAUACAGACUACUGGGAAAAACACAGACUGCAAUGGAUCAAUUACACAUGCACUUCACUCAAGCAAUUCACAACACAGUGUUCCAGGUUGUCCUUGGGUAUGUGGAGUUGUGUGCGGGGAAUUCUGACACCAAGUUUCAGAAACUCCAAUAUAAAGACCUUUGUACGCAUAUUACUCCAGACAGCUACAUUCCCUGUCUCUCUGAUCUUUGUAAAGCCCUGUGGGAAGUCAUGCUGAGUUACUAUCGGACCAUGUCAUGGCAUGAGGCACAUGACAAUGAAGAGUCUGCUCCAGCUUCUGAUGGCCAUGGUGAGCUUACAACUGAUGAUCCUAACUUUAAUCGAAGCUAUGUUAAAAAGAAAUUAGAACAUGGUCUUUCGCGCAUUUGGCAGGAUGUUCAGUUGAAAGCAAAGACAUACUUGCUUGGAACAGAUUUAUCCAACUUCAAGUAUGAUGAUUUUAUAUUUGUACUGGACAUUAUUAGCAGGUUGAUGCAAGUUGGUGAAGAAUUUUGUGGCAGUAAAUCAGAAGUGUUGCAAGAGUCUAUUCGGAAACAAAGUGUGAAUUAUUUUAAAAGUUAUCACAGAAUACGCCUUGAAGAACUGCGUAUGUUUUUAGAAAAUGAAACUUGGGAAUUGUGUCCUGUUAAGUCUAACUUCAGUAUUUUGCAAUUGCACGAGUUUAAAUUUAUGCGGCAGUCGCGUUCUCCUUCAGUGUCGCCUAGCAAGCAGUAUUCUAUGUCGUCAUCUGCAGCGGCAGCAGGGUCUCUAUUUGACCAAUACCAAAAUGGUGGAAAUCCAUUUGAACAGCAGACUGACAGCAAAGAUGAUGAAACAGAAGAUGUUCUUGCUGCUAAUGGGUAUGAAUCUGAUGAGUUGGAGAAGAGUGUUUACCAAGAUGACGACAGUGAUAGUGAUGUUCCAGAAGAGCUUAAAAGGGACUAUGUGGAUGAGCAAACUGGAGAUGUUCCUCUGAAAAGUGUUUCCAAAGAAACUUUGAAAAGUAGAAAGAAGUCGGACUGCUAUCUGAACAAGGGCAAUACACUCAUUUUAACAAACACUACCUUGAAUGUAAUAAGACUUGUUGGAAAAUACAUGCAGAUGAUGAGCAUAUUGAAGCCAAUUGCUUUUGAUGUUAUCCACUGUAUGUCACAACUAUUCGAUUAUUACCUGUAUGCAGUGUAUACUUUCUUUGGGCGGGAAGACAUGUAUGAAUCUACGGGACUAGGACUAAUCAGCAGCAGACUGCGAACCACACUGAGUAGAAUUCAAGAAAGCCUUAUUGAUCUGGAGGCACCAUCUGAAACUUCUGGCUCCUUGAUAGCUACGGAGGAGAGAAAAGAAAAGGUUCCAAGCCCACACCUCAGUCACCUUGUCGUUUUAAAUUCUACUGAAACAUUAUAUGGUCUUGCAGAAAGGGUGGUGGCUACAGAAUCUUUGGUGUUUCUGGCUGAUCAAUUUGAUUGUUUGCAACCUCAUCUUGAUGCCAUGAUGCCUUCAGCCAAGAAGCCUUUUUUGCAGCAGUUUUAUUCACAGACUGUUUCAACUGCCAGUGAGCUGCGCAAACCAAUUUACUGGAUUGUGGCUGCUAAAGCGAUCGAUUAUGAACAGAUGUUGCACCUUAUGGCUAGUGUGAAAUGGGAUAUUAAAGAAAUUAUGUCACAACACAAUGUGUACAUUGAUACUCUUCUCAAGGAGUUUGAACAUUUCCAUAAAAAGUUGUCUGAAGUUUCCAAAAGGGUGCGUAUACCAUUCCAAGUGUCCAAUGUCCUUUGGGAGCAUUGUAUCCGGCUGGCAAACAGAACUAUAGUGGAAGGUUAUGCUAAUGUGAAGAAAUGCAGUAAUGAGGGACGGGCCUUGAUGCAGUUGGAUUUCCAGCAGUUUUUAAUGAAGCUAGAGAAACUAACUGACAUCAGACCAAUUCCUGAUAAGGAGUUUGUGGAAACCUACAUUAAAGCCUAUUAUCUGACUGAAAAUGAUAUGGAGAGGUGGAUCAAAGAACACAGGGAAUAUUCAACGAAGCAGUUAACCAACCUUGUGAAUGUAUGUCUGGGCUCCCACAUCAAUAAAAAAGCACGGCAGAAGCUGAUAGCAGCCAUCGACGAACCAGAUAGGCUUAAGAGAUAGCCUUUAUCAAUGUUUGUGCAUUGUUGUUGUCCUGGAUGGCAAAGGGAUAAGUAUUUCCACUCCAAAAUAAUACAUCAUGGCUCUCUUCUGUUACACGCAUUUAUGAUGCAUGUUACAUGUUUUCUGAUCAAAAAAAAACUGAACUGGAAAAUGCUGUUCUAGUGACAAAUGUAUGUUAUUGUUCAGCUUUUGUUCCGGUCUUGGUAAGUCAACACAUUAUUCCCAGUAAUGCUGUCUUUAGAGCCUAUAUGAAAGCUAUUUUCAAUGUUAUGGUUAUUAUUUGGUGGGGGAACCUUAAAUUUUUAUCUAUUAGAAUAUGGGAUGUAAUGAUUAUAUAUUGUAACACAAUGAAACUGUAUAUUAAUUAGUGUUAAGGUAUGAACUACUGAAACUGAUUUUGCAACUACUUUUCUGUAUGUAAAGGGUAAAUAUGGAUAACUGAAGGAUGUUUAUGCUUCAUGUAGAGCUACAGCAAGUAAAGUAACAAAAUACAAUCUGUAUAUUCUCAUCAAUUUGUUCCGGUUCUAAAAUUUAAAAAAAAUAAUUUGUUUCUUGUUGAAAUGGAAUUGAUCAUGGUUUGGUAACCGAAUAAACAAUCUAAAAUUAG